UGGUGUUUUUCGGCAAAAGCGAUUGGUGUGAAUUAAAGAACAAUCCUCCAUGUGGCAAAUGCUGAAACGGAACAUCCUCCCUUAGUGGGAUCCAGAAGUGCAUAAAGUUCAAAACAACUCCAAGGAUGUGCUAAACGGAACACUCUUUUUGCCAUCGUCUGUUUGCGCCUGUGUGAAAUCUCUAGGCUCUAUGCUCUGAUACUGCAUUGAAGAACGGAAAAAUCAAUUCGCCUGAUUCUGUGUAGGGUUUGGAUGAUUGCUGUACAACAUUCUUCCCCUCCCCACGAGUCCGUAAAGUAUUAAGGCGUAACUUUUGUCAACAAAAAGUUUCCCAUCGAAGCAGGACGGUGGUACUCUCCGAAGCAGGCAUAUCAAUCCAGUAGAGGAAACUAUUUCCACCCCCGAGAAUGGCAGUGCUUAUGAAAGCGGCCAAGUGCCCAACGGACGAGCUGUCGCUCAAGAAUAGGGCCAUCGUCAGCGGGUCCGAUUUUGGGCCCGAUAUCAAGUAUAUCGAUGUGUCGACUGCACCGGGUCAGCAUUUUAUUUUCUCCACCGAGCGUACGAUGGCGGGUGAAAUCAAUCCCGGAUGUAUCGGGUUUUCGCUGCUGCAGCGUAAGUGGGCUACGCUAUCGAUCAACCAGGAUAUCAGCAUUAAGCCGUUCCAUUUUGAGCGAUCGUCGGAGGUUCUGUGCAGCAUCGCGCUGGAGGUUGACUUUCUUCAGAAGAAAACUGUUACCCACGAACCGUACGAUAGUGAUCAAAUGGCAAAGGAUUUCCUGCUACAGUUUGCCGGGUUAGCGGUAACGGUCGGUCAGCCGCUGGUAUUUAACUUUCAGGACAAGAAGCUGCUUUGCUUGGCGGUGAAAACGCUGGAAGUGAUCGAUGCCGCGGCAAUGGCAGCCGGUGGAAAUGGUGGAGGAGCCGGUGGUUCUACCGAACCGAAACGCGUCAACUUUGGUCGCCUGCUAGCGAACACAGUGGUUACGUUCGAGAAGGCCGAAGGAUCGGGACUGAAUCUAGUCGGACGGUCCAAGGGCCGCACGACUGCCGUGCGCCAGUCGAUCAUCAAUCCGGAUUGGGACUUUGGACGGAUGGGCAUCGGUGGUCUGGAUCGGGAGUUUAACGCAAUUUUCCGUCGUGCAUUCGCAUCACGAGUCUUCCCGCCGGAGGUCGUAGAGCAGCUCGGCUGUAAGCACGUGAAGGGUAUAUUGCUGUACGGACCGCCCGGUACAGGCAAAACAUUGAUGGCCCGUCAAAUCGGUACGAUGUUGAACGCACGUGAACCUAAGAUUGUUAACGGACCGCAGAUUUUGGACAAAUACGUGGGAGAAUCGGAGGCCAACGUUCGGCGACUGUUUGCGGAUGCCGAAGAGGAAGAAAAACGGCUUGGUCCAGCCAGUGGACUGCACAUCAUUAUCUUCGAUGAGAUUGAUGCUAUUUGCAAAGCUCGCGGUUCUGUCGGUGGAAACUCGGGUGUGCACGAUACCGUGGUGAACCAGCUGCUCGCCAAGAUCGAUGGUGUCGAGCAGCUGAACAACAUUCUCGUGAUCGGUAUGACCAACAGACGAGACAUGAUCGACGAGGCACUGUUGCGUCCUGGUCGGCUGGAGGUGCAGAUGGAGAUCAGUCUGCCGAACGAGGAAGGUCGCGUGCAGAUUCUGCGCAUCCAUACGCGCCGCAUGAAGGAGUUCAAGAAGCUGAACCCGGACGUCGAUCUGUCGGAGCUGGGACAGAUGACAAAGAAUUUUAGCGGUGCCGAGCUAGAGGGCCUGGUACGUGCGGCACAGUCGACUGCCAUGAAUCGGCUCAUCAAGGCAGCUUCCAAGGUCGAAGUAGACCCGGCCGCCAUGGAGAAACUGAUGGUAACCCGCGAGGACUUUUUGCAUGCAUUCGAGAACGAUAUUAAACCGGCCUUCGGCACGGCCGCGGAAGCUCUCGAGAAUUACCUGACCCGAGGUAUCAUCAACUGGGGACUGCCAGUGGCACACUUGCUGGAGGACGGAGCCCUAUACACCGAGCAGGCGCGAGGUGCCGAGGGUUCUGGUCUCGUCUCGGUACUGCUUGAGGGUCCACCGAACGCAGGCAAAACGGCAUUGGCGGCCAAGCUUGCUAAACUGUCCGAUUUUCCCUUCGUCAAGGUGUGCAGCCCUGAUGAGAUGGUUGGCUUCACGGAGAGUGCCAAAUGUUUGCAAAUAAGAAAGUAUUUCGACGAUGCGUAUCGCUCGACUUACAGCUGCAUUCUAGUCGACAACAUUGAGCGUCUCCUUGAUUACGGUCCGAUCGGUCCUCGUUACUCAAACCUGACGCUGCAAGCGUUACUAGUACUGCUAAAGAAACCACCGCCAAAGGGCAAGAAGCUGCUUAUUCUCUGCACCACGAGUCGGCGUCAAGUUCUGGAGGAUAUGGAGAUGCUGUCCGCUUUCACAGCGGUACUGCACGUACCGAACCUUUCGACUGCCGAGCAUCUGGUGGCCGUGUUAGAGCAGGAACCGGACGUUUUCGGUCGCAACGAGUUGGCCGCUAUCUACAAGCGGGUCAAGGGGCGACGAAUCUUCGUCGGAAUCAAGAAGCUGCUCGAUCUGAUCGACCUAGCCCGCCAGAUGGACCCGCAGGUGCGGAUGAUGAAGUUCUUAUCCAAGUUGGAGGAGGAAGGCGCCAUCGAAGAUGCCACCGUCGCCAAGUAAGGGGACGGCAAACAUUUUAAGCAAAUUCAACGCCAACUGAAAUCGCUCGGUACUUUAACGGAUUUAGUGACUGUGUUUGUGAUUUAGAUUUUUGUUUGUUUGUUUUACAUUUCCGCAUAUUCGACUCGAAGCGCUCGAUACAACAGCUCAGAAGUAGCUUGAAAAGCCAAUUGACGCGUUAUUUUACUCUUGUAAAUCGGAUCACCACGUACCUGCCUUUUAUGUUUGCGCCUUGUUUAAAGCUGUUUGUCACGGCGUGCUGUGCUGUGUGGAGAAUCGGUAAAGUAAUCCGAGUGACCUGUAACAACACCACCGUGCGUUAAGAUAAUCUCGCAGGACCUGAGCGUACACGGAGAGUGAACCCCGCCCCCGGGGUACACUAUAUGUUGAAGUACGUUAAUUUGCUUUUCACAUCCGUUAACUGUUGUUGUAGUCAAACUGACGUUAUUGUAAUAUGUUGCAUUUGUUGAUAAUUAUUGGCUUACAGCUUAGAGGCGGGGACGAAAGCAAACAUGGAAUGGAUAUACUCCAUUCCUUCCCCCGGCCAGUUGGGUUUAAGUGUACGAAUGCACGGUGAUCGGAAGCGGCAGAGGGUAUCAAUUAUAUUGCACCAUAACAUACACUGCUAUACAAAGUAUCGCGAAAUUUACUGCUUGAAAGUUAAAUAAUGAAAAAUUACUAUCCAUACACCCAGAAGUUAUGUAAAAACUGAGGGACGCGAAAGGGACGCGAAAACCAUUCAGCGUCGAUGAACAGGAAAGAAGAAUACAGGAGAAAGCCACCCAAAGUAUUACCCUCAACCAUAGUAUCGUUAUUGGGUGGAAGUAAAAUUGAGAGAGAGAGUAUAAAAGAGUAUGCAAAUCGUUAAAAUACAAGCAUUUACAAAGCAUUAGCGAACACCGUUGACGCGUAACAGUAGCGGAGCUAAAAAUGAAAGUAAUAAACUAAAAAAUAACAAACGAUACAUUCCAUUUGUUUGGGUGUUUGCAAUCAAACAAAUGCAGCUCUAGUUCUGGGAGCACGCAAAAGCAUCGCAUUAAAAGCAACAUAGCAAGCGCGCCAGUAACGCAGCGUCCCUCAAUAGGCUCAAGGAAGUGAACGACUGUUAAUGAUGAACUAUACCCGUUUUCCCGCAUAGUCCAGGAGUAGGUGACAUCAGGAAGUCAUUAAGUAAAGCAAUUUCCUUGAUAAUUCGACAAAAAAAAAUUAAGGGUUACGAGAGGAUAAGUUAUCUUAUAGCGUUUAGUGUGUUAGCAUUGCCACCGAACCCCGUCCGUCUGAAAUGAUCUCGAGAUCUGAGAAUGCAGUCAAGGUGUGUAAGGUAUAUGAUCCAGAAUGCAUUCGAAGCUGCUAUUCUAAUAUCCCUUCAAACCUCAAGAUCAAUUACACUCCCGGAAGGAGUGCAAGGGGACGGUUAACGAAGUGAAACUAUCAUCUCUACCUACUUAGCUUGAUGUUGUGUUACUAUAAUAACAAUAAAAUGACAUCUGACCGAUUAAACACAAGAACUGGAUGGAGCAUUAAAAA